AUGCAACAAAAUAUAAUCCUUUACGCUAUUCAGUUAUAUGUAAUAUUCCAUAAUCAUUAUGAAAACGUUGAAUCAUUGCUUGGACAGAGAUUACGACCAGUCACUUAUGGUGAAUAUCCAUUCGUCGUGCCGCUUAUAAGCACAGAUUCUGAAAUUGCAGAAGAAAGUUAUAUUACGUGUACUGCUAAUUUCCUUUCAAAUUACUUCCUCCUAACGACCGAGCAUUGCAUCUAUAACCAUCAGUUUAAUAAUUUUCGAGUAUAUAUGGGAAGUUACAAUUUACAUUUCAAUCUAGAAUUAUAUCCAAUCUGGUUGAUAUCUUAUGAUCAAUGGGCUACAGUUCAUAAUAUACAAAUUAAUUUUAAUAGCAAUGACAUUGGAUUGAUUUACGUUUUUAACAAUUUACCAUAUCCUAUCCACGUAACUACGUUAUCGCCGAUAUCACCGCAAAACCGACUUUAUGAAUCGACUGCUAAAGUACUAGGAUGGGGUAAUAGGAAUACUGUACCUCUCAUAUCGAGUGUUCUGUACGUAGGAAAUGUAACUAUAUUAUCGCCGGCGCGAUGCCACCAUCGUACUGAAGGACUACGAGGAUCAUAUGUUUCGAUACCGCCAACAUAUUUCUGCACCUCGGCUAGCCCUCAUAUAAUAAUAACAUCUGGUGACAGUGGCGGUCCACUUCUUUACGAAGGUCAACUUAUAGCAAUUAGUGUGGGAACAUGUCCAAAGGACGAUUCAAAUUAUGUGCAUUCUUUAAGUGUGAAUCUUCACAUUGGUAUAGAUUACUACAGAAUGUUCAUUUCAACAAUAACAGGAAUAAUUGUAUAA